AUGGAGACACCGAUUGGUGCUAAUGGUGUGGAUACGGCUAGUGGUGGCGUUGACGAGGAUAUGGACGACUUGGCGGCGGAUCAGUUGGUGAAGAAGUUGAUUGAGAGGAAGGACUCGCAAUGCGAUCAACUCAUGUCUGAAUGCAGCGAUAGAGCCAAACAGAUCCGCGAUAAGAUCAAUGAGAUGCUGGACACGAGACACGCGAUGGUGGCUAACGCUGAGGAUGGUGUCGAUGGUAAUCGGGACAACACUUCGCGCAUUGAUACCAAUAGUAUAUUGAAGUUACAGAAGGAGUUGGAGCUCGAGAUCUCUGGUCUGAAUAAGACGUCCAAAGUUUGUGCCAAUGAAGACAAUGCCACGAAUUGUCUCGUUUUGUCCAAUAAUAAGAGUAUUAAUAUACCUAAUGAUAAGAGUAUUAAAUCUGAUGAUAGUAUGGAUGGGAAUGUGGGUCAAAGUGUUGAUACAAAUGAUGUCCCGGCAGCUGAUAUCAAAUCUUCACCGCCGCCCACAACUUGUACGGCAAAUGAGAGCAAAGCAAACAUAAAGUCUUCAGAAAAGUCCUCCAAUGUGGCCAAAAGUGAGGCCAAUGUCAACAACAAGAGUAACGCAAACACUGCUAGUCGUAAACCCGUGAAGAAUGCCACCAAAAGUCGUAUAACUCCGGAACAGUUGACCAAAAAGUUGUCGACAUUCAGCACAGAUGCCGAACGGAUCUCGUAUUUGAGCCAAAAUCUGGUCGAAGUGUGCGAAGAGAACCGCUCUCUUUGUCAACAGUCGAAGCAAAACGAGAAGACAACGAAUCAGUUGACGCGAGAGAGGGAUCAGAUUCAGAGCGAACAGAACCGCUUAGUUCUGGCCAAAGCGCGGCUCGAGAGCCUGUGUCGCGAACUUCAGCGACAGAAUCGGCUCAUCAAAGACGAGAGCCUUCUGAAGAUCAAAGAGGAGGAGGAGAAGCGGAGGGAUAUCGCCAACAAAUUCCAGUCGACCCUCAAUGAGAUCAUGUCUUUGAUUGGCGACAACCAGAAGCGGAACACUCAGCUGAAGGAGGAGAACGCAGACUUGGCUCAUAAACUGAAGACAUUGAUGGGUCACUACGAGACCUGGGAGACACACACCCAGAAGAUCAUCAAACAAAAGGAUUUGGAGACACAGCUCAUGAAAGCGAAGUUCACGAAAACGGAUCUAAUUCUGAAUCAAGAGAAGCAGAUAUUCAUCAAAGAGAAGCAACAGUUGAUCCAAAUGAUCACCGAUUUGCAGAAGAGGUGCGCAGAUAUGUCUCAAAGCGAAGUCAAACUGCGGACAGAACUCGGAGUUUAUACCAAUAAAUACGAAGAGUUUCAGUCAGUGUUGUCCAAAAGUAAUGAAAUGUUUUCUGGGUUUAAGAAAGAUAUGGAAAGAAUGUCCAAACAGAUCAAGAAAUUGGAAAAAGAGACCAUACUCUGGAAGAAUAGAUGGGAGACUAGCAAUACGGCACUACUUAAGCUGUCCGACGAGAAAGAAAAGCGAGACACCGAGCACUUGAAGGCCUUACAAAAGAUCAUCACUUUGGAGAAGUUGUGUCGAGCCAUGCAGGAGGAGAGGGCUAUUCUCCACGAACGACUCCUGCAGGCGGACAACGAGCUCGACGACAACAGCGAACCCGAUGGCCAGACAUCUAACACUGAGAUCGCAUUACAGCCGCAGACAGAAACAGAUGACACUAAACCUCAAGUCAACGAAACCGCCGAAUAAUGAGUAGAGAAUCUCAAGAACUAAACGACUAAUUGUUUGCUUAGAUUUCGACUUUUAUUGUCAACCAUUCGCUCAAACCUUAGUUCUUGGACUAGACGUGCUUUACCCGUGAUUCGGGCCAUACAUAGCCUACAAAUUCACAUAACGCUUAGCCAAUGAUACCUAAAUCGAGUCCAUUGUCGAGUGCCUUAACCUUAACAUCGGAUCUAACUUUGAUUACCACUUAAUUUAAGUUCAAAUAAAAACCAAACACUUAUUUCCAAAAAACAAA